GUGGUAUUUAAGCGUUUUACUCUAGUCAGCUAUGGCCACUAUGGGCAACGUCUUGAGAGGUGAUGGCGGUAAAGAUGAACUGCCCCCUAAGCUCAACCCCAUCAAGGAAGGGACGUUUGUGCAUUACACCCUGCGAGUACGUUGGCCGAAGACUCUUGACAAAACUAGUGAAGGCGUCGAACGGACUAGGAAGACACUGAUUCAACAGUAUGGAAAAGGCGCUGAUGCAGACGUGAAUUCUAUAAGGAAGGGACUUUCUGAUCUCAAAGACCGUAUAGUGGCCGACAAACCUCUGACGGAUAUUGACGAUACCUCUUAUAGUUUUGAAGUAUGGAAUAAGGCUUUAGCAGAGUUGAGAAAGAAGCACGGAGAUGACCAAGUCACAUGGUAUAAAAUGGAUUGGUUAUUUACUGAAACAUAUUUGUACAGAAAAAUCGUUGGAUGCGUGGCAAAUACAGAGUUUUUGAAAAGUUUCGACAUCUUCAAGGACCAGAAGGUUGAAGGAUUUAGUGGCCACCUUGAUCAAAUACGUGAUAGUAUAAGUUACUUGCUUUCUAUCAAGGAAUCGAGUGAAAAACAAGAGAAAGAAGUUUUAGAAGGUUUUCUUAAGAUGUGCCUUUGGGGAAACAAAUGCGAUCUAUCACUCUCGUGUGGUGAAGCAGCAACGAUGAAGCAUUCUCCUGUUGAAGCUGCUCGACUACUAGACGAAUUCAUUUUGUGUAACGACUUCAAAAUUGCUAUCGAAUCAUUUUUCCUGAAGCUCAAGUCCAAUAAGAAGGGAUUGCGUGAGCUACAUAUCGUUCUGGAUAAUGCAGGUGUGGAGCUUAUAAGUGAUCUAAUUCUUUCUGAGUAUCUCAUGGAAAUGAAAUUAGUGGACAAAACUGUUUUGCAUGGAAAGGAGUAUCCAUAUUUUGUCUCGGAUGUCACUGGUCGCGAUUUUGAAUGGACACUGGCAGAACUCAAUAAACUUGGUGGUGUCUAUCAGCAAAUGUAUCAGAAACUUAGUGAAAGAGUAAAAAAGAAUGAACUUGUAUUUCGCGAUCAUCGGUUUUGGACGUAUUUUCAUCCAUACUGCGAAAUGAACACAGUAGCAAAGGAUCUAUACUCUUUGCUAUCGGAAGCUUCGAUUAUCAUAAUGAAAGGAGAUUUGAAUUAUCGGAAGCUGGUUGCUGACAGAGAAUGGGCAUACGAAACUCCAUUUAAGGUAGCUCUUUGUGGCUUUUUGCCUGCGCCCAUCUUCGCUUUGCGUUCGCUCAAGUCUGAAACUGUCACUGGCCUGCCAGAAGAUGUGGCUGAACGAAUGCGGCAGGAACCGAGUCGCAAUUGGAUGGUUUCUGGAGAUUAUGGCGUAGCGGAACUGGCAUUCUGAUGGUUCUUGGGAGUCAUGCAAGAAUUCUAGUCCGAGUCAUUGUUUAAUCAUUCCACUUUUCAAUACAAGCAUGUGAAAAUGUCAUAACUUUUGUUUCAAUAAGUCCAGUACAAACAUGUGAUAAAAG